GAUGGUGGAGAGAAGUCGAUCGAUGCCGGCUUUGAGGAAGAUGAUGUGGAUUUUGUGGUUGCCUUUGCUUGGAUACAUUGUCCAAGCGAAACAGAACGACGAGUUUAAUGAAGAAUUGUUCAUCAAACCAUUUGGGAGUGGUCAUGUCAUGUUUCAUUUCCAAUUCACAACAAAAUGGAAUGUCAGCAUCGCUGAUGAAACUGCAUUCACCCAUUACCGCCUCUUCCCCAAGUCUCUGGGAGAGGUGAUGUCCACCUAUGGGGUCCAGGAACUGCACCUUAGUCAGACACAGGGUCUGUGGAGGUACAGAAACUGGGGCUACCCUCCCGAAGAUGCCCCACCGGGAGCCGAACUUUGGACAUGGUUCCAAUCUAACAGAAACAGAUCAGAUCAAGCUACUCGUGACAAGUUAUGGUCAAACUACGUAAACGCUCUGUCAGGACUCUUUUGUUCCUCCCUGAACUUCAUGGACAGCAAAGCAACGGUCAGUCCACGAUGGACAUUCCGGCCACAGGGAAUAUCCUCAGAGUAUUACUCAAUGGACUCGAGAAACCUCAAGUACUCGGCUCUGCCCAGAGAGAUUGUUUGUACAGAGAACCUUACACCCUGGAAGAAGCUCCUACCAUGUGAUUCAAAGGUUGGACUUUCAACAUUGUUCAAUGCCAUCAAGUUACACGAUUCAUCAUACCAGUCCAUAGGGUUACAUGUGAGGCCUAUCUGUAGGGAUACAGCGUGUACCCUUUCAUCAGUGGAGCUGAAGCAAACACUGACUGUGGUGUUUGACCCUACUACUGGCAAACUGGGACAACAGACGUGGAGUCUGAGCAGCAUGUUUGGUAAACCGUUACGUUCCCAGUGUCCUCUGGCCUCCAGGAGUCAUGUAUAUGUGGACAUCACAGACAAGGAUAUCCCGGAGUCAAAGUUCACACUGCGUCAACAGCCCACUGAGGUGUUACCUAUCAUAAGGGGUAGCGACAGGAGGACGUACGCCGUAUUUGAUGUCGGGGACUUUCUAGAGCAGGACGGAUUCUUAGAUCUCAUGGCUGACUAUGAAGAGAAGGCAGCUUAUAGACAGGGUUCAGAACCUUCAUUGUAUGCCCACAGAUUUGUCACAGGAUUUGGUUUAGAGAGGGGAGGGAUCACCUGUCAGAUCUACAACAACCUGCAUCAGAACCUCACAAUUCUUUAUAUGGAGACCAUCCCCUGGUACUUCAGGAUCUACUACAACUCCCUCAGCAUACAGAACCAGGGCGAAGUCAUCAAACCCUUUAAGGUCCAUUUUGUGCCAGGAAAGGAUAGAUUGCGACCAUACCAUCUUGAGGUCGUGUUCCGUCUACGGGCAAACUCUGUAACACGGAUCAACCUGGCAUUUGACCGUGCUUUCCUCAAGUGGACGGAGUAUCCUCCAGAUGCCAACCAUGGUUUCUACGCCAACGCGGCAGUAAUUACCACAGUGUUGCCGUACGCUCAUUCCUACAUUGCUGUCCAACAGAAUGCCUCCUUGUUCAGAGAAAGUUUCAAUGACAUCUCUAACCAGUUUUUCCUGCGAAUCCACACAGAGAGUUUACUGAUCUCCCUGCCGACACCUGACUUCAGCAUGCCCUACAAUGUCAUCUGUCUAGCUUGCACUGUCGUAGCUAUUGCCUUCGGAUCCAUACACAAUCUCACCACCCGAAUAUUCAAAACUAUUGAUCCAAAGAAGUCCAAAAGUAUCAAAGAAAAAGUGAAAGCUUUCUUCAGCAGAAAGAAAGCUGUUAAGGGAGAAGAAAAUGAAACUGAUGAAAAGAAAUCAGAGGAAAAUGAUACAGACACUAAAUCAGAUAAAGAAACUUGUAAGACUGUGAGUGAUGAGAAAGUAUCAUAGAGUUUGUGUAAUCUAAUAGAAACAAAAGCAUGUGCUUAUCUGAAUAACUAACCAGGGAGAUUUCUUGCUCAUAAGCAUUUAUCAUACUUUAUUUUCUAUGAUAAGGAGGCAUGGUAGUCCAGUGGUAGGACGCCGGGCUCAUGACCGAAGGGUUGCGGGUUCGCGCCAUGGCAAGGCAAUAUGUUGUAUCUGUGAGCAAAAUACUUUACUCCGCUGGUUCCAGUCUACUCAGCUGUAAAUUAGUACGUGGUUGGG